UUCGCCUCCGGAGGGCGAUGCGGGCGGAGCUCCGUCGUUGCUCUUCCGUUAGCGCUGCGCUCGCCAGUCCGAAAGCGAUGGGGCGACCGCCGUCCGCUUGGCGGCUCUCCCCGGCAGCCCCGCUGGCCUUCCUAACGCUGCUCCUGCUUUGCUCCCAGCCGCCUGCCGUGACUCCGGGACCGCCCCGGGGCAGGACUGGCAUCCCGGGGCCCCCCAUCGUGCUGGUGCCAGGAGAUUUGGGAAACCAGCUAGAAGCCAAGUUGGACAAACCAUCCGUGGUGCACUAUCUCUGCUCUAAGAAGACAGACAGUUAUUUUACAUUGUGGCUGAAUUUAGAAUUGUUGCUUCCAGUUAUCAUUGACUGCUGGAUAGAUAAUAUCAGGCUAGUGUACAAUCGAACUAGCGGCGCUACUGCUCCCCCGGAUGGGGUCAAUAUCAAAGUCCCUGGAUUUGGGAAGACCUUUGCAUUGGAGUUCCUUGAUCCUAGUAAAAGAAGUGUUGGCACAUACUUCUACACGCUGGUGCAAAAACUGGUAGACCUGGGCUAUGAGCGAGAUGAAAGCAUCAGAGGCGCCCCUUACGAUUGGCGGAAGGCACCAAACGAGAAUGGAGAAUAUUUUGAAGCUCUCCAGAAGCUGAUCGAGAUCAUGUACGAAGAGUAUGGCGAACCGGUGGUCCUAAUUGCCCACAGCAUGGGGAAUAUGUAUUCUCUGUACUUCCUCAGCCGUCAGCCCCAGGAAUGGAAAGACAAAUACAUCAGGGACUUCGUCUCCUUGGGGGCUCCGUGGGGAGGAGUAGCUAAAGCUUUCCGAGUGUUGGCAUCAGGGGACAACAACCGGAUCCCCGUGAUCAGCUCCUUCAAGAUCAGGGACCAGCAGAGAUCCGCCGUUUCCACCAACUGGUUGCUUCCUUACAAUUACACCUGGUCCCCGGGGAAGAUCUUCGUCAGCACGCCUUCCGCAAACUACACGAUUCGGGAUUUCCAGAAGUUUUACACGGACAUCGGUUUCGAAGACGGUUGGCUGAUGAGAAAAGCUACGGAAGCGUUGAUUUACAGCAUGAAUCCCCCGGGCGUACGCACGCACUGCCUUUACGGCACUGGGGUCAAUACCCCGGAUUCGUUUUUCUACGACAGUUUACCAGAUAAAGAGCCGAAGAUCUUUUACGGGAACGGAGACGGAACAGUAAACUUAGAAAGUGCCUUACAGUGCCAGAAGUGGAUAGGUCAGCAGGAACAAAAGGUGAUGCUUUACGAGCUGCCAGGAAGUGAACAUAUCGAGAUGCUCUAUAAUAACUUAACCAUUUCCUACGUUAAAAAAGUUCUUUUCGGCUCAUGAUGCAGUAAGAGUUUCACUUUUUCCUCCAAGAGGAUUGAAGACUCUUCCCUUUUUUUUUUUUCCUUUUCCAACGGGGAAGCACAAAAGAAUGUUUUGGAAUUCUAUUUUUAAAGCUGCUGCUGUUUCUUUUUUUUUUUCUUUUCCCUCGGGCUUAUCGAAUCUCGUUGGAAAUCAGUUAAGGGUUACUUGUUUUUUUAGAGUAACAUUGGUAACAGGCCUGACAAAAUGCACAAGGUGCCACGUCUCGGUGCCCAUCUGUAUGAAGGCGGUGUGCCACUUCUCUGGGAUGCAGAGAACAACGUUCCUCUUUCUAUAUUUAUUGAGCUAGAAUGUCACGGACAGGGCCUUAGGAUGUCCUCGCCAAAAGGUCACCAAUACUGGGUCGUUGUUGCCAGUAUAAACCUGGGAAUUGUGAAGCCCCCCCCUGCAAAGGGUGUUUGACUAGACAGGCAUGGGUUUAACCUUAGAUUAGCCUCACCAGCCCAAAUGUGAACUGUUCUUGAAGGCAACGCAGGAACUUAACAAGGUUUCCUAAAAUGAGACGAGUGUUUUCAUUUGAUUCCUACUUGACAAGAGGAAGGCCAAAGUUGCUCGCCAUCAAUGACUUUCACAUUAUAUUUUAAGCCGGUGAUCUAGAUCAUCAAUUACAGGAGCUGCAACUUCAAUACUUUUUGACGGCGUCAAUAUGGUCACAAAGGGCCAGUGUUCAGAUAAGAAUUAUUUUAGCCAGAUGCCUUUCGCUUUUGAGAUCUGGAGGGAUUCUCUUAACAACCCGUUUUGUGUUUUUUGUUUUUUUUUUGAAGUGAGAUACUAAUCCCAUUAUUUUUUGCUGUUGCACAUAUUGCCACUGGAGUCGGUUUCAGUAGCAUCUCUCCUCAAAUCCAGAUGUACACUCGAUACACAUGUUUUCUCUUCUUCUGGUGUUUCUCCUGGGGGUGUCAAUUCUCCAGCCUAUUCCUUUGAUUGUAUCGUCUUGCAUAAAGCUCAAAUAAAAUAAAAUAAAAUAGAAGGGCAUCCCUCGGAUCUGCAGCAAGCGCUUGUGAGGGAGUCCUUUGAAGAAACAACACCUAAAAUUAUCUGGAGCUGGAGAAGACGAAUGUUUCAAAGGCUGCCAUUUGGUAUUCCUAGCUGUAGUCAUCUGCAGUCAUCUGAUCGAUAGCAAAUAACCUGAGUCUCUUUAUACAACAGGAGCGUCCAACUUUGGCAGUUUUAAGACCUGUGGACUUCAACUUCCAGAAUUCUUCAGCCGGCCGUGCUGGUUGUGGAAUUCUGGGAGCUGGAAGUCCACAAACUGCCGAAGUUGAAUUCUUGCUUUAGAGGAAUGCAGCCUGUUGCUGAUUUCAGCUUGCAUUGUCCUAUUCCACCCAGACUUCCUGUCUGUUGAAUGUAGUUGCGGACGUUUGAAUGAUAAAUUGGACCUUUUCCAAAUUGGUGGUUUCAUCGAAUGCUUUGAAUGCAAAAAAAAACAAAAACAAAAACAAACCCCCAAAAACAAAAACCUUGAGAUCUGUGCCAAACCUCCCAGCUGGAAUAUCAGAACAAAUCUGUAAUGUUUCCACGUCGUGAUUUCAAAUCAGGCCUUCUCUGACCGGAAUGCGGAGCACCACUUGAAGACUCCUUGAGCAAAUGGUAUUAUUGUUCCUGAUUCUAAGACCUUGGCCUGCGGGGCCUGAGAAAACACACCCAUGGAAUCGGCAGAAAACAUCUGCUCCGUCACUAACAUGUAAUAUGUUUCUGCCUCUUUUUCCUAGAUUGUAAAAUUUUGCGCUGUUCAGUUCAUUAUGUUUUUAGGACGGACUCGCAAGCCGAUUGCCUGCAAAGGGGAUCAGGGUUUAUAACCCAUCCUAUUAUCCAAGUCGAGAAAAGCAUUUUUAGCAUCGAAUCGGUGUUGGUUUCUUUGUUCAAUCAUGCCCGUACUUUGUUGAAAGGUUGCUGAGCAUCGCGGUGAACCGGUUUACAACUUCUCGAACUUUCCACCACUUUCUUCUGUGAGGAGAACUCUGCGAAGCCACGCCUCUCGACAUUGUCAGGAAAUUUCUCUUUUUUUAAUAUAGUUAUAAUUGUUGGUUCUUUGGAAUCACAGUGGCCCUUUAACCUGAAAAGCCACCUUCCCGUGGCCUUGAUUAGAGAGUGAAAUGUUUCAUAGGAAUCAUUGCAUCGUGUCUAGCCUACAUUUAAAGCCUCAAGGUACCAUUAAGUGGUAGGUGAAGCAGUGGGGCCAAAAAAAAGCACUUUUCUAAGCUCCUUUUAAGGGUAGAUCCUUCGUUUGGCCUCGAUAGCAAAUUCUGCUGAGCUCGUUGGUGCCGAGAAUGGGAUAUGAAACUCCAUGUUGGCAGAAGGAUGCGAAAUUUCCUUCAGUGUUUGCCUCUCUUGACACUGUUUACAAGAUGCAUGGCGCAGGAAGCGGGCAUCUAAGUGGCUCUCCCUCCCCAAAUGUGCAGAUGCCCACCGCUAAUCUCAGUUGAUACUUAAAUCCUAAUAUUAAUCCAGUGAUUGCACACACGUCCAUAGAGGAAUCGGUUGCUCGGUAGACCAAGCGACACUUCUGUGCGUGCCUCAAUCCAAUUUCAUCGUGCUGUCAGAAUUUUCCCCUCUGAUCCUCGAUCCAUAUAGGCUAGAGCUGUCCAACCUUGGCCACUUUAAGACCUAUGGACUUCAACUCCCAGAAUUUCCCAACAUGCUGGCUGUGGAAUUUUGGAAGUUGAAAGUCCACAGGUUUUGAAAGUGGCCAAGGUUGGGCACUGCCCUGCCAGGUAAGUGACAGUUUUCAUAUCAAUGUUUGUAUCCACUGCUAGCUGUCAAAUACGAUUAGGCAAAACUUCCUUAGCUAUCUUGUUGGUGCUUCUAUAAAUGUUUGUUGUUGGUUUUUUUUUUUUUGUUCUUUCAAGAAAUUUUACUCUUGUCAAUGUGGUGCCUUUUUGGUGUCAUCCUCUGAAAAUUCAUCUUUGGACCAUUUGUGUGGUCUUUCUUACUCUGACAACCCACAGUUUAUACAUGCGGCCAUCCAGGAUCAAUGAAAAAGUGUUUGUCCUUACCACUUAAUAUUGAGAAUUAUGUUGGCUUGUAACCUCUAAGUAGAUUCCAACUUGCCCCGUGUCUUAAUUUAUCAGUGAGUCACGGCCACAAAUGAACCUCAAGUAGAGGAUUAGUUGUACAAAACUUGCUUUUCCGAACCAAGUGUUAACAGCCACAAUGGCUUUUUUAAUAGCUUAUGGAAUUAAGUACUCAAGAAUCAUGUUUUUCACUGGCUAAAGAUGAUUUUGGCUGGAGGCCCCGCCCUAGGAUGUAUUUCUUGGUUUUAUUAGUUACCAAGAGCAUCUGAGGGUUGGGUUCCCUCGCUAGGCUCAAGGUGUGUCUUGCAAAUCACAAGUGCUUAUAAACAGUUUUUAAUCCACACAGAUAUUUGGCUUUUUGAAAACCCAAAUACUUUCUGAGGACCAAAUAUAGUACUGAGAUUAUAUAUAUAAUCCAGCAUCUGUAUGUGUGUGUGAAUGAACGAGUGUGUAUGUGUGUUUAUAGAUAUAUAUAUAUAUAUAUGAAUAUAUCAAUGGUGGGAUUCAACCGGUGCAAAAAUUGGUUCGCUAAGCACACGCGCCAAACACACAUUCCGCGCGUGCGCAGUAUGUUUGGAAACAGCUCUAACACUUAUCUUCUACUGCAGCCCCGGUGAGUAAAACAGCUGAGGCGUGGAAAUCCGCUCUGCCGCGCCUAUCAGCUGGGCUCCAAACACAGGAAAUAUAGGUCAGUAUAAUGCAGGGGCAGGCGGCAGGCCCAGCUGAUCAUUGGAGCGAGCCGGUUCGCUCUCAGCUGAUCAUCGGCACUAACGGUUUGCCCAAAACAGCUGAAUCCCACUCCUGGUAUAUAUAUAUAUAUAUAUAUAUGUAUAUAUGUAUGUAUGUAUGUAUGUAUGUAUGUAUGUAUGUAUGUGUCUGUAUAUGUAUAUAUGUGUAUGUGUGUGUAUGUAUGUAUAUGUAUGUGUGUACAUAUGUAUGUAUGUAUGUAUAUAUAUAUAUAUAUAUAUAUGUACAUAUACCCACAUGUAUGUAUGUAGAUGUAUGAAUGUAUAUACCCAUGAUGGCGAACCUAUGGCACGCAUGCCACAGGUGGCACACAGAGCCAUAUCUGUGGGCACGUGAAUGUUGCCCUAGGUCAGCUCCAGUGUGCAUGCGUGUGCCGGCCAGCUGAUUUUUGGGCCUUCCGGGCCCACCGGAAGUUGGGAAACAGGCUGUUUCUGGCCUCCGGAGGAGCGGGGAAGGCCGUUUCCGCCUUCCCCGCCCCACUCCGAGAGCAAAAAACAGCCCUACCAGGCCCACUGUGCCAUCACAUGCCAAAAACGCUGGGAGCUCGGGGGAGGGUCACACAGGUGCAGGGGGGUGGGCGCAUUGAAUUAUGGGGCUGGGCACACUCACAUGUGGCCCCCCACGGCGCUACCCCCGCUUUUGGCACGUGAUGGCAAAAAGGUUAGUCAUCACUGGUAUAUACCAUAACUGUGCAGAUGCUAAAUGGGAGUUGAUCCCUCACUUAAGGUGUUGCUGCUGCAGCAAAGUUCAGAGGUCACUCCGUGUAAGAAGCAAUAAGUGCAAAUUGAGAGAGUUCUUGCUAUUAAGCUUGUUUGAGUUGGGUGUGUUGAGACACUCGAGAGUUUCAGAAGCAGAGUAACCAUGUUGCUCUUCGGUUUAACAGUAUUUUGUACAGAACGCUGUCUGCCAAGGCUCCUUGUUUUUAUAAACCAUUUCUUUUUGUGUAUAAACGAGUAGAUUUCUUUUUUCCACAUUUGUCGUAUUUUAAUAACUUAAUAAAAGUUGAUGAAGUGCUACGGAUAA